CCAACCGCCAGACUUGCUCUUCUCAUUAAAUUGCUACCGCCAUUGUUAUCCUCUUGGCCCUCCAGCAAAACCCAUUUGAGGGUUUCUGCAUUCUCGUCCUCAGUGGGGAGAAUUUUGGGGAAGGAGAGCAGAUGGACUUGGGGAGGAACUACGCUACUGGACUGUGGAACUCGUCGGACAAUGUGUUCAGCCGGUCGAAUUCCCGACGAGAAGAGGAUGACGAUGAGACCGCUCUCACGUGGGCAGCAUUGGAGCGGUUGCCCACCUACGACAGGGUGCGGAGAGGGAUCUUUCAGAACAUCAUUGGGGAGCAAAGGGAGGUGGAGAUUGGCAGCUUGGGAAUUCAGGACCUGCAGCUCAUUCUUGAUCGACUUAUAAAUGCCGUGGACGAGAGUGCGGAACAAUUUCUCUUCAGAAUGAGGCGAAGAUUUGAUGCCGUGGGUCUUGAAUUUCCAAAGAUUGAGGUUCGAUUCCAGCAGUUAAAAGUUGACGCAUAUAUACAUGUUGGAAGCAGAGCUCUACCCACAAUUCCCAAUUUCAUCUGUAACAUGGGAGAGGCUUUCCUCAGGCAAUUCGGGAUUUUGCGGGGAAGGCGGACAUGCUUAUCAAUAUUACAAGACAUUAGCGGCAUAAUUAGGCCUUCCAGAAUGACGCUUCUUCUUGGUCCUCCUGGCUCUGGAAAGACUACAUUGCUGUUGGCACUGGCUGGAAGGCUUAGCUCAGAUUUAAAAAUGUCAGGGAGCAUUACAUAUAAUGGUCAUCGCCUUAAAGAGUUUGUUCCUCAACGAACGUCUGCCUAUGUGAGUCAGCAAGAUUCACAUGUUGCGGAAAUGACAGUUAGAGAGACUCUUGAUUUUGCAGGGAGAUGCCAAGGCGUUGGAAUUAAAUAUGAUAUGCUUCUGGAGCUUUCAAGAAGAGAAAAGGAUGCUGGAAUAAAGCCAGACGAGGAUCUUGAUCUAUUUAUGAAGGCAUUGGCUUUAAAGGGAGAGCAAACAGGGCUUGUGACACAGUAUAUAAUGAAGAUUCUAGGUCUGAACAUAUGUGCUGAUACGAUAGUAGGAGAUGAAAUGCUUAGAGGAAUUUCUGGAGGUCAAAAGAAACGGCUUACUACAGGUGAAUUAUUAGUUGGUCCAGCUAGAGUGUUGUUUAUGGAUGACAUAUCAACUGGGCUUGAUAGUGCAACAACGUAUCAAAUCAUCAAGUACCUCCAGCAUUCAACCCAUGCACUUGAUGGAACUACUAUGAUAUCCCUAUUACAACCAGCUCCAGAAACUUAUGAACUUUUUGAUGAUAUAAUUCUUAUUUCUGAAGGUCAUAUAGUUUAUCAAGGGCCUCGUGAGAAUGUCCUUGAGUUCUUUGAGUUCAUGGGCUUCCGGUGUCCAGAACGGAAAAAUAUUGCUGACUUUUUGCAGGAAGUGACAUCUAGGAAAGAUCAGCGACAGUAUUGGGCAGGUCGUGAUUACAAUUACCACUACAUACCUGUGGAGAAAUUUUCUGAGGCAUUUCGAUCAUUUCAUGUUGGCAAGAGUUUGAUGAAGGAACUGAGUGCUCCAUAUGAUAAGCAUCUUAAUCAUCCUGCAGCACUGACUAGUUCAAGUUAUGGGGUUAAGAAAUCAGAGCUUCUCAGAGCUAACUUUGCCUGGCAAAAGUUAUUGAUGAAGCGGAACUCUUUUAUUUAUGUUUUCAAAUUUAUUCAGCUCCUCUUUGUUGCUAUCAUCACAAUGACAGUAUUUUUUCGAACAAGAUUGCACCAUGACAGUGUAGAGGAUGCUGGAAUAUAUCUUGGAGCUUUAUACUUUUCCAUCAUAAUGAUUUUAUUUAAUGGCUUUACGGAAGUGUCAAUGCUUAUGGCCAAACUUCAUGUUAUCUAUAAGCAUCGAGAUUUGCACUUUUAUCCUUGCUGGGCAUAUACUCUUCCUGCCUGGGUUCUUAGCAUUCCAACUUCACUUAUGGAGUCUGCUAUGUGGGUGGCAGUAACUUACUAUGUGAUGGGUUUUGAUCCACAAAUUACUAGGUUCCUUCGGCAGUUUCUAUUGUUCUUCUGCUUGCAUCAGAUGUCAUUAGCUCUCUUCCGUAUAAUGGCAGCCCUUGGUCGAAACAUGAUAGUCUCUAAUACUUUUGGAUCUUUUGCAAUGCUGAUUAUCAUGCUUUUAGGAGGAUUCAUUACUUCCAGAGAUAGCAUUCAGAAGUGGUGGAUUUGGGGUUACUGGUUCUCUCCUUUAAUGUAUGCCCAGAAUGCUGCGUCAGUAAAUGAAUUCCAUGGGCACUCGUGGGAUCACAGAUUUGACAACUCCAAUGAAACCAUUGGCUUGGCACUUUUGAAAUCGCGUGGGUUGUUUCCAGAGAAUUACUGGUAUUGGAUUGGCGUUGCUGCUCUACUUUCUUACUCAAUCUUAUUCAACAUCCUUUUCACUGUCUUCCUAACAUAUCUCAAACCUCUUGGGAAGCCACAAGCUGUUCUGUCUGAAGAAUCACUUCAACAGAGGGAUGGUAAGGGAAUAGGUCGUUUUGAACUUAGCCCUCCUCCAAGUACAGGAAGCAUGGGAGCAAAUGGGAAGGAGAAGAGAGGCAUGGUUCUCCCAUUCCAGCCUCUUUCCAUGUGCUUUAGCAACAUCAACUACUAUGUGGAUGUUCCAGAGGCAAUGAAGCAACAGGGUGUUAUGGAAGACCGAUUGCAGUUGUUAGUUGAUGUUACUGGUGCAUUUAGACCUGGUGUUCUUACUGCAUUGGUCGGAGUUAGUGGAGCUGGAAAAACCACUCUAAUGGAUGUUUUAGCUGGUAGAAAAACUGGUGGAUAUAUAGAAGGAAAUAUAAGCAUUUCAGGUUAUCCAAAAAAUCAGGAAACUUUUACAAGAAUCUCUGGCUAUUGUGAGCAGAAUGAUGUACAUUCUCCGUGUAUGACUGUAUAUGAGUCACUUGUAUACUCUGCUUGGCUCCGUUUGCCUGCACAUGUUGAUCUAAGAACUCAGCAAGCUUUCGUGGAGGAGGUGAUGGAACUUGUAGAGCUUGUCCCAGUCGGUGGUGCCCUUGUUGGACUUCCAGGAAUAAAUGGGCUGUCCACAGAACAGCGCAAGAGAUUGACUAUUGCUGUAGAGCUCGUUGCUAAUCCAUCUAUUGUGUUCAUGGAUGAGCCAACCUCUGGAUUGGAUGCUAGAUCUGCUGCCAUUGUUAUGAGAACUGUAAGGAAUAUUGUGGAUACUGGAAGGACGAUUGUCUGCACAAUUCACCAACCCAGCAUUGACAUAUUUGAGUCAUUUGAUGAGCUUUUAUUUAUGAAGCGUGGAGGGGAGCUCAUUUAUGCAGGUCUUCUGGGAUCUAAUUCUCAGAACCUCAUUGAAUAUUUUGAGGCAAUUGAAGGUGUGCCCAAGAUAAAAGAUGGUUAUAAUCCAGCAACGUGGAUGCUGGAGGUGACUUCUCCGGAAGAAGAAAAUCGCCUAAGAGUAGAUUUUGCUGAUAUUUACAGGAGAUCUGAUUUGUACAGGCAAAACAAAUUGUUAGUUGAGAGUCUCAGCCGACCAACACAUGAAUCAAAAGAUCUCAGCUUUCCAACAAAAUAUGCUCAACCAUUUCGCAUUCAAUUUCUUGCAUGCCUGUGGAAACAACAUAAAUCCUAUUGGAGAAACCCUCAGUAUACUGCAGUUCGAUUCUUCUAUACCGUUAUCAUUUCUUUGAUGUUUGGCACCAUCUGCUGGAGAUUUGGUAGUAAAAGAAACACUGUACAAGACAUCCAUAAUGCUAUGGGAUCUAUGUAUGCGGCUGUUCUGUUCAUUGGGAUAACCAAUGGCACUGCUUCCCAGCCUGUAGUUUCCAUUGAAAGGUUUGUUUCCUACCGGGAAAGGGGUGCAGGGAUGUAUUCACCUCUUGCAUUUGCAUUUGCACAGGUUGUUAUCGAAUUCCCGUAUGUAUUUGUGCAAACUCUAAUAUACGGUUCAGUGUACUAUGCUAUGGCUUCAUUUGCAUGGACAGCAGCAAAAUUCAUUUGGUAUAUAUUUUUCAUGUAUUUUACGUUGCUGUACUUCACAUUUUAUGGAAUGAUGACCACAGCUGUCACACCUAACCACAAUGUGGCUGCCAUAAUUGCUGCACCAUUUUAUAUGCUGUGGAAUCUGUUCAGCGGCUUCAUGAUACCAUACAAGAGGAUCCCUGUGUGGUGGCGGUGGUACUAUUGGGCUAAUCCUGUUGCCUGGAGUUUGUAUGGCCUCUUAACAUCCCAGUAUGGUGAUCUUCAUGACACCAUAAGUUCGGCAGGAGGAACGACCACUGUCACCAUAAGCAGUUUUCUCAAUGACUACUUUGGGUUUGAGUAUAGACUUUUGGGUUUGGCUGCAGUUGUUGUUGUUGGUUUUGCAGUGCUAUUUGCCGUCAUAUUUGCUUUGGCAAUCAAGCUCUUCAACUUCCAGAAGAGGUAGUGAAAUUUGCAUUUUUUAAUGCCUAUCAGUCUUAUUUUUUCUAUUCUAUGUCCUGAGAUCACUUAUUAUUGAGGGCCAGGACUUGAAAUAUGUAAAUUCUUGUUUACAAUAAUGCAAAUGUUCUUGAAAUGCCGAUACGCUAAUAGUAUACAAUUUGUACAA